AUGCAUCAUCAGAUCAUCGGCACCAGUGCCAUGGGCGAGGAAAGCUCGCUGGCGACGGACCAGGGCGGCUUUGGUGCAACCGGAAAUGACGGGGGAGGACAUGCAGGCGUCGGUGGCGAGCCUCACUGGGUAGAUAUCUCAUAUACCCAGAGCGCGCCGAUGCAAGACUACAACGCCAACUACACUUUCGGUGUGGACCCCAUGAGCCACGGGAUGCCCUCGGAGCCCAUGAACACCAGGAUGGGACCGCCGCCUCUCCCUUCUACUCACGCGCCGCAAGUGGCGCAGCCGCAGCAGCAUCACCAACCGCCGCACUCAGGACAUCCACAGCUACACCCGCUGAUUACAAAUCCCACGUGGCCGAGCAUGUUGACGAACCCCGGCGCCCUGCGAAAUCCUGGCAGCUAUUCUGCGCCCCCAAUCGCGAUGCCCACUCCUCUCGCCGUGCAGCCCCUCCGGGGCUCCAAGACGCCGACUUCCAGCACGGCCACUGCGCCGCGGAAGACCCUGACGGACGAAAUGCGACGAGAGAUUUGUCUCUUUCAUCGUGACAAUAGUAACCUGAAGCAGACUGAAAUUGGAGCCAAGUUUGGCGUGGAAAGGAGCACUAUUUCCAAGGUCCUGCGCAAUAAGGAAAAGUUUUUGAAUCCAACUGAACGAAGCGAGUCGCCUGUUAAACGAAUGGCAAGGGGCAAGACCGGCACGGCCGACAUUGAGAAAGCUUUAUCCAACUGGAUCAAGAAAAGUGGCGUACCUGUUUCCGACCAAGAGAUCAGGGAAAAGGCCAUUAUCUUCUGUCAAAACACCCCUGGCACCUCCGACAACCUGUUGAAGCAGUUCCAGUCCACAACUUGGCUAGAAAAGUUCAAGCAAAGGCACGGCAUCAAGGCCCCUAAGCUUCUGCGAAGAGCGUCGGAAACAUGCAUCUCCCAUUCCGCCGUUUCGCCAGCGUCGCCGCAUGCCCAUGCCAACCUGAACCUGCUGCCGUCACCACUUUCUGCAGCUCGGAGCGAUGACGAGAAGGAAGGUGCCAACAGCUUGAUGGAGUUCACGGCAGAGAGUGGUUCGUACAGAGCAGUGCCGCCCAAUUCUGUUUUUAUGUCCGGACUGUUAACCGACAACUCAGCCUCUUCCUCGUUCUCAAACACAGGCAUGAGUCCAGCGACGUUCAACUUCUCGCCCGACACGCCCGUUGGCGGCUUUUUGUCUGACCCAACGAGACAUGGGCUGACAGGACAUCCCGAUUUUCCACGGCAACGCAGCCAGACCUUACCGAUUCUCGAUAUCCAGGGCAUGAACCAGCCCCAAGAGAGCGAGCCAAUGAGCUCCAAGUACUCGCAGGUGUCCACCGCACCAUCCUCGGCCCUUGAGUCACCGAUGCACGAUAUGAUGGCCCAGCCUUUUGCUAUGGACGCUUCAGUCGUAUCUCCCAAGCUCCGCAGGAGUAGCAGCAACAACAGUCUUAUCGGACCUCGAUCCACAGGAACGCCUGUCCCUGCCGUAACACCGGGUGGCUCCGGACCUGGCUCCCCAACGCAGGAAAACGCACGAAGAGCGGUUGACACACUCUUGAGCUAUAUCCAAAAUGGGGCUGGUGAUUCGACUGACUACUACGCGGUCCUCCGCUUGACCGAAAAGCUUGGAUUGCAGAUGAACAACAAGCAACCAACCGGGAUGCAAAUGCAGCAGCAGCAGCAGCAGCAACAGCAACAACAACAACAAAGUGGUUGUGUGUCGGGCCUCCCGAGAAUCCCUGAGGGUGAGGCCGAGAUGUCUCACACGCCACAGUCCAACUUGCAUCACCACAUGGUCAAAAUGGAAGCCACCAGCAUGUCAGUCUGA